CGCUCUGAGCCGGGCAGAGCCGAGCCGGGGGCGCAGAGCGCGGGAGGCGGCGGCGGCGGCGGCGGAGGCGCGGAGCCCAGGUGGCGCUGCUGCCGGAUGGGAGUGCCUGGGCACGCGCACCAUGUCAUCAUGCGUCUCUAGCCAGCCCAGCAGCGACCCGGCCGCCCUCCAGGAUGAGCUGGGGGGCGGCGGCGACAGCGAAGGCCAGAAGCCCUGUGAAGCCCUGCAGGGCCUCUCGUCCCUGAGCAUCCGCUUGGGCAUGGAGUCCUUCAUCGUGGUCACCGAGUGUGAGCCCGGCUGCGUGGCGGACUGUGGCCUGGCCCGGGACCGGCCCCUGGAGGCCCACGGCCGAGAUGGGCCCCUUGACGCCUCCGGCUCCGGGCCCGAGGCCCGGCCCCAGCUGUGCAGUCGCAAGCUCUCUCUGCAGGAGCGGUCCCAGCUGGACGCGAACGGACGCUGCGUCUACGCGGCCCUGCCCCGCUCGCCGGUGGGCUCCCCUCAGUCGUCGCCGCGGCUGCCCCGGCGGCCCACGGUGGAGUCCCACCACGUCUCCAUCACCGGCAUGCAGGAUUGUGUACAGCUGAAUCAGUACACGCUGAAGGAUGAAAUUGGAAAGGGCUCCUAUGGCGUGGUCAAGUUGGCCUACAAUGAAAAUGACAAUACUUAUUACGCGAUGAAGGUGCUGUCCAAAAAGAAGCUGAUCCGACAGGCGGGCUUUCCACGUCGCCCCCCACCCCGAGGCACCCGGCCAGCCCCCGGAGGCUGCAUCCAGCCUAGGGGCCCCAUUGAGCAGGUGUACCAGGAAAUCGCCAUCCUCAAGAAGCUAGACCACCCCAAUGUGGUGAAGCUGGUGGAGGUCCUGGAUGACCCCAAUGAGGACCAUCUGUACAUGGUGUUUGAACUGGUCAACCAAGGGCCUGUGAUGGAAGUGCCCACCCUCAAACCACUCUCCGAAGACCAGGCACGUUUCUACUUCCAGGACCUGAUCAAAGGCAUAGAGUACCUACAUUACCAGAAGAUCAUCCACCGGGACAUCAAACCUUCCAACCUGCUCGUGGGAGAAGAUGGCCACAUCAAGAUUGCCGACUUUGGUGUGAGCAACGAGUUCAAGGGCAGCGAUGCGCUCCUUUCUAACACCGUGGGCACACCUGCCUUCAUGGCGCCGGAGUCACUCUCGGAGACCCGGAAGAUCUUCUCUGGGAAGGCUUUGGAUGUUUGGGCCAUGGGCGUGACGCUGUACUGCUUUGUGUUUGGCCAGUGCCCGUUCAUGGACGAGAGGAUCAUGUGUUUACACAGUAAGAUCAAGAGUCAGGCCCUGGAGUUUCCAGAUCAGCCUGAUAUAGCUGAGGACUUGAAGGACCUAAUCACCCGCAUGUUGGACAAGAACCCAGAAUCAAGGAUCGUGGUGCCAGAAAUCAAGCUGCACCCCUGGGUCACGAGGCAUGGGGCGGAGCCGUUGCCAUCGGAGGACGAGAACUGCACGCUGGUCGAGGUGACCGAAGAGGAGGUCGAGAAUUCGGUCAAACACAUUCCCAGCCUGGCAACCGUGAUCCUGGUGAAGACCAUGAUACGGAAACGCUCCUUCGGGAACCCGUUUGAGGGCAGCCGGCGGGAGGAGCGCUCAUUGUCGGCACCUGGAAACCUGCUCACCAAAAAACCAACCAGGGAGUGUGAGCCCCUGUCUGAGCCCAAGGAAGCAAGGCAGCGAAGACAGCCUCCGGGGCCCCGACCCGCCCCCCGUGGGGGAGGAGGAAGUGCUCUUGUGAAAGGCGGUCCCCACGCCGAGAGUUGGGGGGCCCCGGCCCCCGGCCCCUGCGCUCGCAUGCAUCCUCUGCGGCCCGACCAGGCGAUGGAGUAGCUGCCCGGACGCGCGACCUCGCAUGCAGGCUGCACCCUGCGUUUCCAUAGCAGCAUGUCCUACGGAAACCCAGCACGUGUGUCGAGCCUUGACCGUCAUCUCUGGUGUUUUUGUUUUGUUUUGUUUUUCUUCCUUUGUUGUUUUAAAGGGGACAAAAAAAAAAAGACUUGACUCCAUGACCUCGACCUUGGCCGCUGGCUGGCUGAACGGGUAGGUGUGAGGAGUUGCGGACCCAAAGCCACGUGGAUUUUGGGACAGUUGCUUUUUAAAAGUUUUUAUGCCAAAAAUCCUUCAUUGUGAACUCAGAACCAUGUCAGAUAAUACCAAGUGAAUGUGUGUGGGGUGUGAAAAUCAUGAAAAAACUGGCAGGGAACUCUGGCGGUGUGGGCUGAGACCACAGAGUUAGUUGCUGUGUUCGAGAGGGAGAGGAAGAGGGGGUGUGGCUCCUCCUGCAAACCCCGAAAGCCCCAGACUCCAAGCCCGUGGCCCCUUCCAGGACUGGGGGGCUCACGGGGUCAGGGCCCGGCUGGCCCUAGGAGCUGCUAGGAGCUUCGAUGCACCUUAUUUGUAAGAAGGACUUUAGACUUUUUUAUGGGUAGAGUUGUAGUCUGGAAAAGGAAAAGGGCUUGAAGCUUAGUUGCUUCGCAAAGGGGAUUUCCCACCCCUUGAAGGGCGUUCCAUGGUAGCUGGGGGACAGGGGGGGCGGUUUCACCUAAAGGGCUGAUAGCCACUCACAGCGGGUUUCUGAAAUAUUAACUGAGCUCUGGUCAGUCUCUUGUUAAAGGACAAAACCUUCAGGGUGAAAUCCUACACUUCCAUGUACAUUACAUGGCUUAUGAGUAAACAAAAUAUUUUCGAUUCUCUAACUAGACUGAACUCUAGAGCAGUUCAGAGAUCAUUCAGAGCUUCCAGGAUUCUUUCCACGGCUUCAGGCUUGUGAUCAGAGUUAGAGCCAAUGAAAUCUGUGCCUGUAUAUUAACAUGCAGCUUGGCCUGUUCGUAACCUGUGUAUCCUAGAGACCGCUGAAGUUUUGUUUUCUCAAUUACUAGCUGAUUGUUGCUGUCAAUGAAACGCUUAGUUUCUGGAGGGCCAGUGAGGAAAUACUCUGCUUCAACGGAAACACAAAUGACCAUCCUUACUGGCAAAGCUCUGUGAGGAUCCACACAAGAACUCUGGGGCACCCUGUAGAGAAGGUUGUGGAAACGCAGAGCGGUCCUCAGGGUCCAGGAGAACCAGGGCUUGGCACAGGGAGUUCUGUUUUGUAAGCCAAAAGCCCGGACAGAAAAGGCUCACCUUUUUGGUUUCUGACUCAUGCUGGGAAUUCUCACUGCAGUUUAAGUGUGACUUCAUCCAGAGCCACACAUGGCUGAGUGGGAAGUUCAGGGGGGGAGGGAAACAGGAAGGCCUUUGGCCUGGGAGAUUCCCAGUGUUUUGUUGGUCUCUGGCUUGGGGGAAAUGGUGUCGGUAACUGGGCUCAGAGGACAUGCUUUCCUGUAGUUUCUGUCUGAUCAUUGCUAGUAGGACGACUUCUUGCAGAGAGACAGAGGAGCGAGGCCUCGUGCCCCCGCUGCCCAGCGCACUCGCGGAACCUGGGUGUUCUUGGCUUCCACAGACUUUCGUAAGCUCUUGACUGUCAUUUAGCCAGACUUUUCUUGCUGCCGUACAGACAGUACAGGAUUAAGGAAUGCUGGCUUCCAAGAGCAGAGACGACCGUCGGAGGAAGGGUUGUCUGUCCUGCUUGCUUGCUUUUUGUAACCUGGUCCUUCCUCUUGCGUUCCUGCAUGUGUUUGUGUUUGCGGACGCCGCCCCUUCUGGGAGCAGGUGGGGUCCAGUUAGUUUGCAGUCAGCACCUUGCAGUAGUUCAAGUCAACCUGUCCUUAGUCCCAGCCUGUCUGUGUGGACUCUGGCCUGGCCGAGCGGCUCGCCCGGGGCAGGCGGGCAGCAAGCUCUCUGCAGAACUCCUGUUUACACAGCUGCAUCAGGCAAGACCAUUUCUUCCACCACAGAACUCGCCACGUAAGAUUCCGCAUGCGGAAUGCCAGCUCUUUAGGUGGGUGGGCUCAUCACUUUUUUUUUUU